AUUUUUGAAUUAUAAAUGUCUCUUUUAUUUCUAAAUCAUUUCUUUUCUAGAAAUUAUAUCAAUGUUGCUUGUUCAUUAUCAAUGUCUUUCUGUACAUCAUCAGGUCGUGGCAUGGAUCCCCAAAGCAGGACAAUGGAUGAAGUAUGUCCUGGCUCCACAUCGGCCAUUCAUGGCGAUACAAUACCCGAUGAGGCCUCAGCGAGGGCAGAACCAACGAAAGAGGCACCAAAACCGAAAGCAUCGCUGGCACGGGCACGAAGCUGUCCUCCAAGCUAUAGGACGUCACAAAGCUCUGGUCGUGGCAUGGAUCCCAAGGCAAGACGGUGGAUGAAGAAUGCCCUCGCCCCAUAUUGCUGCCUUGGGAGUUGGAAGAACCAAUCGGGGGCGCAUCAAGCUUUGGCAUUGAUACGCAGACAGUGGUUGAAGUAUGCCCAAGCCCCACAUCAACCGUUGAUCGCAAUACACCACAUCGAUUAUUUCCUCGUGCAAACUUGGCCCCUGAGCUACCGGGACCGAUUUAUCCAAGCAGAGAAAUGCCUUCCACCGAUGGCUACCAAACCGACGAGGUGUGGACCAAUGAAGUGAUGAAUGAUUUUAAUUCGGCACAACCUAUGGACCAUCCUAAGAGACCAUGCACCAUCUUCAAGGUCCCCGAGCACAUCCGACAGUUGGAUCGUAAAGCGUACGAACCGGUGAUUGCUUCCUUCGGACCUUUUUACCACAAAUGGUGGAGCGAUUCCUUCAUGAGGGACCCCAAGUGGAGGUAUGUCCAGCACCUUCUAUCGCGUCAUCGAAGUCGGGAGCAGGCAAGUCAAUUGUUGAACGAGUGCUUGUUGGAGUUGAAGAAACAGGAUAGGAAGGUCCGGAGCUGCUACUCUGUGGAAUUCCCCGCACUGGAUGCCGAAGAUAUGGCAGCGAUCAUGUUGCUUGAUGGGUGCUUCAUCAUUUAUCUCAUGCUAAAAAUGUGGCCUAGGAAGGAAUCAUUGAUCAAGAAGGAGAGAAAAAAGGAGAAGGGGAUUGCGAAGGAGAUAAAGGAGGAAGAGGAAGGAAAGUUGGAAGGCGAGGCAACCGAGGAGGUUGUUUUAAAUAUCGAGGAGAAGGACGAACAGCUUGAGGGCCCAACUGGGGCAGGGCUGUUCACUACUAGAUUAAUGGUUUAUGAUUUACUAAAGCUUGAGAACCAAAUUCCUUUCUUCAUCAUCCAAUUGCUAUUUGAUCGUCUCAAAGCAUGCGAGGAUGGACAGAUUAAUCUUGUUAACCUUGCUUGCGGGCUUUUCAAGGGCAUCCUUCCUGAGGAAUCCGAAUCAUUCAAGAAGUCCGAGAACAAGUCCCCUGGAGAAUACCAUCAUCUGCUCCAUCUAUUUUAUUCAUCUCGGAUCCCUUCAGAAAAGCCAGCAGUGUCUACAUCUGCACCAGGAGAAGCUGCUCCUUCACAAGGGGCUUCGACAUCUGCACCGACUUCGACAUCUGCAUCAGGAUGUAUUCUUGAACUCAUGAAGUGCAAGUGCAAGAAAGCAGAAGUUGAUCCUUCACGACGGUCUCCGACAUCUGCACCCAAGUGGAUUCCUAGUGCGACAGAGCUCGACAGGGCUGGGGUGAAGUUCGAGAGGAAGGAACAGACAGACAGUUUCUUGAACAUAAAUUUUCAGAGAAGGGAGAUGAAGAUCACGCCACUGCUAUGCCUCCGGAAGUUGUAUUUAAUGUUUAGGAGUGGGCGGAUGGAGAUACCACAACUGCCAAUCUAUGACUAUACCGGUCCUCUCUUCCGAAACCUCAUAGCUUUCGAACAGUGCUAUUUCGACACUGAGAUGUACAUUACGAUAUACGCACUGUUUAUGGACUGCAUCAUCGACCAGGCUGAGGACGUGCGGUUGCUCCACUUGAAAGGCAUACUGGAACAUAAGCUAAGCAAUGAUCAAGAAGUGGCGGACCUGUUCAAUCAGUUGGGCAGUCAGAUACACUAUGUUUGGGAAAAGAACUACCUUGCAAAUCAGAUUGAGGAAGUAAACAGCUUUUACGAAGUCAAAUGGCACAAAUGGCUUGCUGCCUUGAGGCGAGACUAUCUUGGCAACCCAUGGGCUACAAUUUCAGUGUUGGCAGCGAUCUUUCUUCUCUUGCUGACUGUCGAGCAGGCUGUAUUUUCUGCAUUGUCCUAUUUUCAUCCUUUACAUCAAGGGUGAGUGGAUAAGAAAGGAUUCCCUCCAAACAUGGAUCCUGAAUAAUUUUUCGUUUAUCUGGGGAGAAUAGAAACUAGACGGUUGACUGUGGUUGUUAGGUAGUCUACAUAAAUAAGGUUGGCUAUGCUGUUGACCACCUAAAAAAUAAUUUGCUGCGAUGUAUCAUGGUUGGUUUGUAAUUUUCUUUGAAGUAAGCUAUUGGAUCUAAUGUGGUUGCGUCA